CCUCUGGACAGCUCGAUGGUGCAUCGAUAUCAAGAUACUCGGCCUUCUCGAGUCGCUUGGCUUCCCGGCAUUGUGAGCACACUGUUUGGCGAUGGUAGCGAUGGGCGAGUGGGCCCAGAACUAGAGAAUAACGGCUGUCCAGGCUCAAAACGAGGUGACCCAUUUCGUUUUGUCAAUGCUGUCAUCGCAGCCCCGCAUCCUGUCUCGAUGGCGCUCGACGGCAGGUCAGCUUGAGACGGACCAGUGCCUUUGAAGCAACCAGCACCGCCCCGGGAGCUGUUUCUUGCCUCCAUCUGGCUCUGGGCGCUGGCUGCUGUCUUCCCUGGGCUUCGCAGUCUUUUGCUCCGAUCUCUCGGCUUCUGCAUCGGCUGGGCAUCUCCCUCGAUCUUGGGCCAUGCGGAUCCUGUGUUGGAACGUCAAUGGCAUCCGUGCUGUUUCACGCAAACUCGCUUCUGGAAACGGCUUGCUUUCGUUCUUCAGACAACAGAACUUGCCGGAUAUCGUCUGCUUUCAGGAAACAAAAGUCUCGGGCCUCGAUGAUCUGGCCGACAGUCGGGAGUUGAUCGAGGUUCCUGGAUAUGAUUCGUUUUGGUCGUUUUCCAAGAAACGCAAAGGAUGGAGCGGCGUCGUCACCUAUGCAAAGAAGGGCUCGACCCUGGCCGCCAGCGAGGGCUUUGGCGACGAUGAUUUCAACGACGAAGGCCGCUGUGUCAUGACGGAUCAUGGGGAUUUUGUCCUCUUCAAUGUCUAUUUCGUGAACGGUGGUCGAGGCGAGGAGCGUCUUCAGUACAAGCUGGAUUUCUACGAAUCGUUUCAACGUCGCUGCCAAGCGCUGAUCGCCAGCGGGCGGGAGAUCAUUGUGACUGGCGACGUGAACACCGCCCACAAGGACAUUGACGUCCAUGACCCCAAGCGUCUGAUCAACUUUUCGGGAUUCAUGCCGAAGGAGCGUGCUUGGAUCGAUCGCUUCCUGGAGGAGGGUUUUGUGGAUGCCUUCCGGCAACACCAUCCCGACCUCGCCAGCCAAUACACCUUCUGGGACACCAAGACCGGCAAGCGCCCACUCAAUCUGGGCUGGAGAAUCGACUACUUUUUUGUGAGCUCGGGCCUCAGUCCCCGUGUCGAGACGUGCGAGCACCAUCCUGAUGUCAUGGGAUCAGAUCAUUGUCCGCUUUCGCUGAGCCUUUCAAGCGUGGACUUGCACUCGGACUGGCCGACGCCGUCGCUGGCGGCCAAGCCCAAAGGCGGUUCGGGUGGAUCCAGACCAGGAGGCAAGAUCACAAGCUUCUUCAAGCCCGUUUCCCGCAAAUCCGACACAGUCGAGCCCGCCGACGCCAACAAUAGCGAUGCUUCUCAGUCCAACAACAGCGAGACCCCUCGCUCAGACAUAUCCGAGCUUGAGAGGCCGACGCCGAGCCUGGCAGGGGUGAAGAGGCCGAGACAAGAAGCCGGCAGCCCCAAAAAGAAACGUGGUCCUCCAUCUGGUUGAGAAUACAUCGCGCUGACCAUGCUGUAUCUGAAUGAUACUCGUCGCAGUGCCCACAUACCUUG